AUGAGAUUUCCCGCCUCCACUUUCUCUCUCUUCCUCCACCAUCACCACCACCACCAACAGCAGAUCCGACAACUCGCUUUCUCUCUCUUCUACUCAACAACCGCUAAACCUAACUACCAACCACCCAUCAAAACCAACCAAUCAUACCCAAAUCAUUUUAUCCCCCAAUUUUUCUCCCUCGCUAAAACCCUAACUCAAAACCCUAGAAAUUUCAAAGCCCUUUCCCAAUUGGAUUUUCUUUUAUCCCAUUCCAAAUUGUUCGAUUCUGUUACUUCGGUUGCAAUUAUUGAGGGUCUUUGCCGAUUGAAGAAGCUCAAUCGGGCAAAAGCUGUGUUCUUGCAUUUGAAGGACAAUUUGAAGGUAUCCCCUUAUUUUGCAUUUAGUUUAGUUUUUGAUUGUAUGUUUAAAGAUGAGAAAUUAGAUGAUGUUGAAGUUCAAUGGGGUGAGAUUAGUAAUGGGUAUGAAAUUAAUUUGACAGAUUAUGUGAUUUAUGUGUGUAAAUGUGGUGAUUUGGAUGAGAUUAAGGAUGUAUGUGAGAGAAUUUGGAUGGGUAGUAGGGUUUUAGGGAGGCAGAGUUUUGUGGCUUUGAUUGGGGUUUUGUGUAGAUGUAAUGAGGGUUCGAUGGCAAAAUCGGUGCUUCAUGAAAUGUAUUGUAGGGGAUUUAGGGUUGAUGAUGUUACAUACAUUGUUUUAUUUCAAUGUUUAUGUAGAAAUGGGGAUUUGGAUUCAGCUGAUUGGGUACUUAGGAAAAUGGUUAAAGGGGGUUUUGAUGUUGAUGUGUGUGUAUAUGGAAGCUUCAUGCAUGGUUUAUGUAAAGAAGGAAAGUUCCGGGAGGCGAGGAAGUUGUUUGACAAGUUGAUAAAGAGAGAUGGUGUUAGUGGGUCUAAAGCCGCGUUCUUGAAGGAGAGGAGGAGGGCGAUUUUUCAGCUGAAUUAUAAGGGAGAAAUUCCUGAAAUGAUGGUAUAUGAGAUGUAUUUUCGCUCUUUGUGUGCUGUGGGAAAGCUUGAUGAUGCGGAAUUGUUGUUGAAGAAGAUGAUGAAAAAGAGGUCUAUGGCACAGGUUUGUGUAUAUGGAUCUUUCAUCAAAGCGCUGUUUAGGGUUGGAAGAGAGGAAGACGCUCUCAAGUUCUUCCAUGUUGAGUGCAAGAAGGGGCUCGUUUGCUCUGAUGAUCUUGCAAGAUAUGUCUUUGUGCAGCUGUGCAAUAAAGGUGAAGUUGACAGUGCUAUAAAGGUUUUCAAUGAACUCUCUAGGAAAGGCGCGUUUAUCAACACUGUCAUUCAUUGUAAUUGUUUGUUGCGUAGUCUCUGGGUUGCAGGGAGGAAAUUGGAAGCAGAGAAAUAUUUUGAAAGGAUGAACCACGGGGACCUGGCACCUCCAAAUUUAGCGACAUACAGACUUAUGGUUUGCGGAUUUUGCAAUGGGGGUAAUGAAAGAAAAGCACUUGAUAUGUUUGAAGAAAUGCUGUCAAAAAAUAUCCCUAUAGAUAGGUUCAUAUGUGAAACUCUUCUUACUUCACUCUGCAACCAAGGACGGCUUGCAGAAGCAUAUAAAUACCUUGACGCCAUGACUAGAAGUGGCUCUUUAGUUUCGUAUACAGUUUGGAAAAGGAUGUUUUAUUCGUUGGUCAGCAAUGAAGAGCAGCUCUUUGAUUAG